AUGCACGGUACACUCUCCCUUCUUGUACUUGGGCUUCUUUGCGCCUCAAAUGUCCGCUCAGAUCCUGGUGCCGAAACCCAGCAGAGGCUCUUUGACAAGGAGGCUUGUCCUGACUAUACACACUAUGCUGCAUAUCCACACCGGCCAUUCAGCAAGGGCCCUCUCGAGCUUCCCUACCAGCGCCCCGACCCUCGCUGUCGCACCUUUCGCUCCGAUGCCAUCGAGAAGGUCAUCCAGGAUGUCACAUCUCGAAUGAUUGAUCCCGACCUGGCUCGACUGUUCGAGAAUGCAUUCCCCUCCACCACAGACACAACUGUCAAGUUCCACACAGAUGGAAGCGACAAGCUGGGCACAAUGUCUUUUUCUGGACGAGGAGUGCACGACGAGGGCAAGUGGGAAGGACCUCAGUCCUUCAUCAUCACCGGGGAUAUCAUUGCAGAAUGGCUGCGGGAUUCUACCAAUCAGUUGUCACCUUAUCAAGCACUGGCAAGCAAGGACAAGGCUAUCUUCAACCUGAUCCUGGGAGCAAUCAACACGCAGGCGGAAUAUGUCAUUGAGAACCCGUAUUGUAACGCUUUCCAGCCCCCACCGAUUUCAGGACUGGACUUCAGCCACAACGGUCAAGACGACAGGGUCCAUCCAGCCUACGAGCCGACUGUCGUCUUCGAAUGCAAGUAUGAGCUGGAUAGCUUGGCGCACUUUCUAGCAUUGGGCAACGACUUUUACAAGCACACCCAGUCGACAGACUUCUUGUCCGAAAGAUGGUUUCUAGCUCUGGGAACAUUGCUUAGAGUCCUUGACCAGCAGUCGCAAUCGACUUUCGAUCCGGAGACCGGGCGCUACAGGAGGAACGAGUACACCUUUCAAAGGAAUACGGACACAGGCACUGAAACUCUGAACCUUCGUGGCGUUGGCAACCCGUUGAACAACGGAACAGGCCUUGUACGGUCUGCUUUCAGACCAAGCGAUGACGCCACCAUCUUGGGAUUUUUCAUCCCCGCCAACGCAAUGAUGGCAACAGAAUUGAAACGGACGGCGGAAAUACUCAAGGCUGCAGGUAAAGAUUCCUACGCACAAAAAGUUGCCAAAUGGAGCGAGAGAAUCACUCAAGGUGUGUGGGAGCACGGUGUUGUGAAGCAUCGGACAUUCGGGGAUGUCUUCGCGUACGAGGUUGACGGGUACGGAUCUCACAUAUUGAUGGAUGAUGCCAACUAUCCGUCAUUGCUUGCUCUUCCCCUGAUGGGCUUCCUCAAGGCCGAUAACCCGACGUACCAAAACACAAGGAGGAUGCUGUUGGAGAAGAAUUCCAACCCCUACUACUUGAAGGGCCGAGAGUUCAAGGGCAUCGGAGGACCUCAUAUCGGACUUAGUAACGCAUGGCCGAUGAGCCUCUUGAUUCAGGCUCAAACCUCGGACGACGACGAAGAGAUCACUGAUUGCCUAAAUUUUGUCUUGAAAUCCGCGAAAUUGGGACUCGUGCAUGAAAGCAUCGACGUGAACCAUAUCAUGUCGUACACGAGAAGCUGGUUUGCUUGGGCCAAUGGAGUUUUUGCAGAGACUAUCCUAGACAUCGCCAAGAGGAAGCCGCACCUCAUUUUCAAAGAGCCCGCUACGGCGUACGAGAUUUAG